AUGAAGGGGCUAAUCUUUGCGGUCUUUCCAUUUAUCUGUGGCCAUUCAAUUGCGAUCACUUCAGAUGCACCCCUUUGUCAGUCCAUGCCAUUACCGGCAUCAAAUGCUUCUCUGCGUGGCAGCCCGUCAACUCCGAACAAUCCGCUUUACCAGCCUUGCAUAUCAAAUGGUCCGCUUUACGAGCCUUCCGUUUCAAACAACCCGCUUUGCGGGCCAGCAUCUGCCGCCCCCCAAACGGCAACGAUAGGCUCUGUAGAGUAUGUCAUUUUUGGAAGUGGAUACGAGUCUUCGUUCGUCAAUGCAAGUGCAUAUUGUGCUUCCCUCAAUGAAUCGUACCCAUGGAAUCAGGGAUGCCAAAAAUCCGUGCAGGGUUUGACACAUUUGGAAACUCACCAUAGGUUCCCUUGCCGACGUCAACAAUACGAUCUUUUCCGAGCUUUCUUCGAUGAUUGA